UAAAUCCACUACUACCAUCCUCAGAGCAACCAUCGCUCCAGGGCUCCAAAUGUGAAUAAGCAAGUUGCUCUGCCCCACCUUGUACAUUGAAUAUAUUUUGCUAAAAGCGAUAUUGGAUAAUUUCUCACUGCACACCUGCCAAUCUGUCACGGCACACCGCGGCACAGUGGUUGAAAAACACAGUUUUAGGGUACUUACGGGUCACUCCCUGUGCAUUUUGGGGUAUCUCAGGGUCAAUUCCUAUACAUUUGGGGUAAUUUCCUGUUGAUUUUAGGGGAUUCCAAGCUACUUCCUAUCAAUUAGUUACUCCCUUUUGAUUUUGGGUCACUUUCUGUUGGUUUUGGAAUCAAUUUUUUGUGAAUUAAUUGGCUGCCAUUGAAAGCGCUAGACGUCAAUUCCAAGUUUUUUCUGAAGGAAGGCUACCAGCAUAUACAGAAUAAAAAUUGGCCCGGCUUUCACUCGCUAGCAUGACCCCCAAUUAGCGCUGCCGAGUUAGGGAGGGGGGCUUAGCCACUAGCUUGCUAACUGUCAUAGGCUAUUGUUUAGCCACAAUUGGAUUAGAAUGGACCUUAUUACUAUUCAACUUUCCCACAGUUGCUAGAAACAGAAAUGUUGUUUAAUCCAUCUCCAAGCAACCGGGAGAUUGAUUUUUGAUUGAUUGAUGAUUUCACGACACCUCAUGGGAAACGCAGCGCUGGUUCUCAUGGGCAACCAGGGCCGGCCCAGGCCAUUUUGGGGCCCUAAGGAAAAUAAUGCAAAGGGGCCCAUAUUUUUGGCCCACCAUAUCAUCACAGUGUACUGUGAAACCCAUACAUGCAAUCCAACCCAUCCGUCCAUAUUUUGUAUAUUAAUCAGAUUUUGUUGCACUGCAUACUUCAAACUUCUCACCCCAAAUGAUUGUCAGUACUUACAGUCGAUAGCGCCAAACCUUUUUCUAAAAGAGGAAAGAAAGAAGUUAAGGAAGAACUUUUGUUUUUUUAAAGCUUGUAAUCAAGAAUCAAAAGUCAAAUAAAGCAAACUGUAGUAAACAAAAUAGAAUAUAAAUUAAACAAUUGCCAGAUUGGGGGCCCCCUAGUGGUCAGGGGCCCUAAGCAGCUGCAUAAUCUGUGUAUAGGCUGGGCUGGCCCUGUGGGCAACGCAGUCUUCCUGAAGGAAAAAACACUACCACUUUUGUCCACCGGCGUCGCUAAAAACGACCAAAACUGAAAAGUUACCAAGUUUUUCUUUAAGUGUCCCAAAAAAAGUUUUUCUUUUAAAAAAAAAUACCAAACACCAUACUUGCGCUACAAUGGGUUUAAGGUCUUAUGUGUCAACUUAUGAAUAGGUCUCGAAUGUAGUACCCCACUGUCCCUGAAAAAGUUCAUUAUGGGACAUAAAGCAUUUAUUGUUCACGUCAAGGAUGCAGUCGAGUAUUUUUUUGCGUUUAUGAGAACGAGACAUACCUUAUAUAGAAUAUUGCCUUAAUUAACGACCUGUAUAUUACAUAAACAUUAUUUUUCAAGUUCAAAAUAAAACUUUUGGAACUAUUGCCCUGAUUGUUAUUGCUGUUUACACUUGGGUUAUUAAACUGUUUAUUUACAGUUGUUUAACGUGGAUUCUCCGUUUUGCACUUGUUGGAUAUCCCCUGACUGUUAUCUGUUUAUCUGGGGCUAACAGCCCUUGCUUGACACUCCCUUAAGCUUCUGCGUGGCGGGCUUUCGGCGCAAUAACGCGACACGCGGCUUCCACCUGCCGUCCACAGGCGGAAAGCUGCAGCGGCAGUAGGAAUAUCCGAGAAGAGACGCACCGCCACCACGUUAACUUUCACGCAGCCGCCCACUGCCACCCGUGACCGGCAGCCGCGGCGGACCAAACCGGACUGGACCAUCCGACGCGAGCGGCACACUGGGUAGGUGGGGCGAGUAGCUGCCGCCCUAAGCCGCUUAGAAGCGGCCCAGGCACCCCUACGGGCAGCACCGACACAACCGGGAAGAAUGGACGGCUUCAACAUGGCUGUUGACCGGCGGCGACCGGCUUCGGUUCUGGCGUAACAGAACGAUACUCCGCGUCGAGCAGACCUGCGCGAAGGAAUGUUCACCCUCACCGAAGUCGCCUCUCUGAACGACAUCCAGCCGACUUACCGCAUUCUGAAACCAUGGUGGGACGUCUUCAUGGACUACCUGGGCAUCGUCAUGCUCAUGCUAGCUAUCUUCGCCGGGACCAUGCAGCUGACACGGGACCAGGUGGUCUGCCUGCCCGACCCGGAUUCGCCCCCCCACGAGGUGGCUGCCCUUCCGACGCAGGCGUCUGGAGGGUUGUGGAGUAAGGAGAGCGCCAUGGGAGAGCAAGCGGCGCCCCUGAUGGCGGCCCACGAACAGCAGCCCCCGACGCAGCAGCCUCCGCCCACCGGGAUACGAACCAAGCUGGACUUCCAGCAGUAUGUUUUCGUCAACCAGAUGUGCUACCACGUUGCCCUUCCAUGGUACUCCAAAUACUUCCCCUACUUGGCGCUGAUCCACACCCUGAUUCUGAUGGUGAGUAGCAAUUUCUGGUUCAAGUAUCCACGAACAAGCUCCAAAAUCGAGCACUUCGUGUCCAUCCUGGGCAAAUGUUUCGAGUCUCCGUGGACCACAAAGGCACUGUCCGAGACGGCGUGCGAGGACUCUGAGGAGAACAAGCAGCGCUUGGCGGGGGCUUCCUCCCACCACAAGCACUUCUCCACCAGCAGUGAGGAGGGCAGUCCCAACCAGUCGGCUCCCAUGCUGACCAAUUCCGGCGUCACCUUCUCCGCCGAGAAGCUGGUGAGCGAGGCGCCCUCGAUGACCAUCUUGGACAAAAAGGAUGGGGAACAAGCCAAGGCGCUCUUUGAAAAGGUUCGCAAGUUCCGCGCCCAUGUGGAGGACAGUGACUUGAUUUACCGGCUGUACGCCCUGCAGACGCUCAUCAAGACGGUCAAGUUCAUUCUCAUCCUGUGCUACACCAUGACCUUCGUAGCCUCCAUCGACUUCCACCACGUGUGCGAGCCGGAAAUCAAGCACCUGACGGGAUACAAGAAGUUUCACUGCACGCACAACAUGGCGUUCAUGUUGAAGAAGCUUCUGGUGUGCUACAUUGCCCUCAUCUGCGUCUACGGCGUCAUCUGCAUCUACACGCUCUUCUGGCUCUUCCGCCGUCCCCUCAAGGAGUACUCGUUCGAGAAGGUCCGUGAGGAGAGCAGCUUCAGCGACAUUCCCGACGUGAAGAAUGACUUUGCCUUUCUGCUGCACAUGGUCGACCAGUACGACCAGCUCUAUUCCAAGCGCUUUGGCGUCUUUCUUUCGGAGGUCAGCGAGAACAAACUGCGGGAGAUCAGCCUGAACCACGAGUGGACCUUUGAGAAGCUCCGGCAGCAUGUGACCCGCAAUGUUCAGGAGAAACUGGAGCUGCACCUUUUCAUGCUUUCCGGUGUUCCGGAUGCCGUGUUUGACCUCACCGAUUUAGAGAUCCUCAAGUUGGAGCUUAUACCUGAUGCAAGGAUCACGGCCAAGAUCUCGCAGAUGAUCAACCUACAAGAGCUUCACUUUUACCACUGCCCCGCCAAAGUGGAGCAGACGGCGUUCAUCUUCCUGCGGGACCACUUGCCGUGUCUACAUGUCAAGUUCACAGAUGUAGCAGAGAUCCCCAGCUGGUUGUACUUGUUGAAGAAUUUGCAGGAGCUCUACUUAGUGGGCAACCUCAACUCUGAGAACAACAAAAUGAUCGGGCUGGAGUCUCUGCGGGACCUGCGGCACUUGAAGGUCCUCCAUCUCAAGAGCAAUCUCACCAAGAUCCCCACCAACAUCACCGAUCUGUCACCGCAUCUCGUCAAGCUGGUGGUGCACAACGACGGCACUAAGCUCCUGGUGCUAAACAGCCUGAAGAAGAUGAUGAACCUGUCCGAGCUGGAGCUGCACAACUGCGAACUGGAGCGCAUCCCGCACGCCAUCUUUAGCCUAAACAACCUCCAGGAGCUAGACCUCAAGUCCAACCACAUCCGUACCAUCGAGGAGGUUAUUAGCUUCCAGCACCUGAAGCGGCUGACUUGCCUGAAGCUCUGGCACAACAAGAUCAUCUCCAUCCCGCUGUCCAUCAGCCAUGUCAAGAACCUCGAGUCGCUCUACCUGUCGUACAACAAGCUGGAGUGUCUGCCCAGCUCCCUGUUCAACCUGCUUAAGCUGCGGCAUCUGGACCUGAGCCACAACUCCAUCGGCUCCAUACCGCCAGAGGUGGGCUUCCUGCAAAACCUCCAGUACUUCGCCAUCACCGGCAACAAGCUGGAGGUUGUUCCCAAGCAGCUCUUCAAGUGCACCAAACUGCGGACACUGUGCCUCGGCCACAACAGCAUCACCUCCCUGCCAGAGAGGUUCGGCCAGCUGACGCAGCUGAGCCACCUGGAGCUGAAGAACAACUGCCUAGACCGUCUGCCGGCACAGCUGGGUCAGUGCCCCCUACUACGCCGGGGAUGCCUGGUGGUUGAGGACCACCUCUUUGACUCUCUGCCCUUGGAGGUCAAGGAGAGUAUCAACCAGGAAUCUGGCACUGGGUGCAAGUGUUUAAUGGAGGGGCGGUAGCGUGACCAUGGGUUGUUUUUUUUCAUGGGACUUCACCGCGGACUUCACUGGUCCCUUUCACAUCGAGUAGCGCUGGUUCUUGGGAAGGUUCUCUAGACGGGAAUGCCACCAGGUGUUGAGGGAUCGGUGGAGGGUAAGAACAACCUUGUGGGGGGUGCCGCUACUUUAGUACUGCAUUGUAGCAAUACUGUAUUCUUAGACCACUUGUCCCGUCCCUAACAUUUCACCCCCAUUUUACGCAAAGAAGCUAGCAAAAACAUAGUCGCACCAGCUUGGUAUAAAAGGGGUAAGAGUGAGUUUCACUGUGAAAGUGCGUUAGCAUCGGGAAAAUGUGUUUAACCAUUAUAGGGCAAGUGGCUAUUUAUGGUAAUUAACCCUUUCAUGCACUAAUUAAGACUUUUCUUUAACCCAUAGAAGACACGUAUUUAACUCUUUAAGUGCCAAAGUUGCAAAAUUGCAACAAGUACCAUUGCUGACUUUUAACAAGCCAGAACUGCAAAUACAGUUACUACUUGUUACUACUUUGGUUUGGCUUGUUAGUCAGCAGUGUUGCUUGUUGCAAUUUUGCAUAUUUGGCACUUAAAAAGGUACCUCACUGGCUCACAUGUCCAAUCCAUUCGUUCAUUGGACGUGCACCGUCAAUGGCACUAGAAGAUUUGCAUUCACGACCAUUUUUAAUGAAUUGGUCGUCUUUUACCGUCAAUGGCAUGCAAUGAGUCGAGUAUUUUGGAAAAAAACUUUAGAACGUUACGUGGCCAUUAGCCAUGAGUGUUUUUCUGUUUUUAUUAUUAUUAUUAAUUACAUUCAUUUAGCUUUUACUAACAAAGUAUUUUUUAAAAAAUUUUUUAUAAUUGCUGUAAUUUUUCAGACUAUAAGUUACACCUGAGUAAAAGACGUACCAGCCAAAAAAUGCGCAAUGAAGUCGGAAAAAAAACAUACAUAAGUCGCACCGGAGUAUAGAUCGCAUGAAUCUGCAGGAUGUGAUUUUAUUUUUGAUGCCAUUUUCUUCAGUCCUUCUCAGUUGUAUUUAUAAGUUACCGGCAAUUUUGAAACACAGGCCGUGAGCGCCCUCUUGCAGUUUAGUGUGAAAAUAACAUGUGAAAUGAUAUAUAGGUAGGCCCCGGGUUACGACUUUAUUAUGACUCCUCUCGUCCGCCAUUUUGUCUUAAAUUUUUCUUUAAGUCGCAUAAACAGUACUAGGGCUGCAGCUAUCCGUUAUCUUAAUAGUCGAUUAAUCAAUGAAUUAGUUAGUUCCAAUAAUCGAGUAAUCGGAUAAGGAACAUUAAAAAUUAAAAUACCUGAGCUGAGCCUCAAAUGGUAUAAAAGAUAAAUAAAUAAGGAUUUAUGUACAACUAAAAAACAAUGGCUAACUUACAUAGCGAAAGUCCGCUAAUUAAAAUGCUAUAAAACACAAACUUUUUAUUUAAAUUUUUUUUUUUUUUUUUUUUUUUUUACAAUGCUCCUAAUAAAUGGUUCGGACACAUAUUGCCACAAAAAAAAAAAGGGGGCGAAAUAUAUCAAUAAACUAAAAUUACGAAUGCAAAAAAAAUUUUUUUUAAAUUGCUCAAACAAAAACUUGGCUUAUGUUGGUCUUCACAUGGAGCAGAUCAAUUUUUCCAUGUGAAAUGAGGCAGACUAGAGGGCAGUGUAUCCACCCAAAUCAAUGAAACUAAAUGCAAACACUUUCGAAAUAAACCAUUACAACGCCACUUUAACGAAAGGAAUACUCGAAGCAGCAAAAUUGAAUUCAAAUCUUUUUUUCUAAUCGAAUACUCAAGUUAAUCGAUUAAUCGUUGCAGCACUAAACAGUAUGUUAUUGUACCUUACAGUAUCUUGUUUUUUGUUGUUGUUUUUUUAUUUAUUAACAUGACUUGUUCUCUCCGCACUUUUGACAAUUUGUAAAGCUGUACCACACAUAUGUAAACAUCUGUUCAAAACGACACGCAUUUUAACAAUAAAGCACACGACACAAAACGAUUGGUGUUCAAACGUCCAUCUAGUCUGAUCAAUAUUCAAAUUUAGAUUAAAUUAGCCUAAUUUGCCUCACAAAAGUCCGCUAGGUUAAAUGGUACAAAUGCUAACGUAUUUACAAUUCUCAUAGCAAAUCACUCACACCUAACUCCACAAAAAAUGCAUACUAGCAUAUUAGCUGAAGUAACUUACAGCCUUAUGUGGGCCAAACCCGAGUGCAGCUGUCUUUUAUCCAUGUGAGAUGUCUGAGUGCUCCUGUAUGGAAGCAACUGAAGUAACUGAACGACAGUCCAGUCAGACCUAGUGCUGCCACCAAAGGGCAGUGUAUCCUCCACCAUUAAAAGAAGUUUAACACUUUUAGACUUUAUGGAUAGUUAUUUUGAAUUUUUAAAGGGUUAAUUCCGACGUCGCUAGCCUAGAAUGAGAAUGGCAAAGUAACCCAAAUUUCUGCAUCAGAAUUAACCCUUUCAGUACCCCUGACUCUCUUUCCAAAAAGUCCAAACGUAAUGUAUUUUGUUUAAUGAUGAAGAAUACACUGCCCUCAGGUGGCAGCGUUGGGUCUGGCUGAACUUGUCCGACAUGGAUAAAGCACAGCUGCGCUCUGAUUUGGCCCACAUAAGGCUUUAAGUUGUUUCAGCUAAUAUGUUUCUGUAUGCAUUUGUAAUUAAGUUUACAGCUACAGUUUGUGAAGUUAUGUGUGAGCAAUUUACUAUGAGAAUUGUAAAUCCAUUAGCAUUUGUAGCAUUUAAGCUAGCGGACUUAUGUUAGGCAAAUUAGGCUAAAUUAAUCUACUAAAUUUACACAUUGAUCAGACUAAAACCAUCAGUUUUUUGUUUUUAAGUAGAGAUAUACCGAUUAUCGGCGCCGAUAUUUGAAAUUUUACGUAUGACUGUAUAUAGUUAUUUUGAAAAUUUAAUGGGUUAAUUCCGAUUUACGCGGAAAUUUGCGUUACGUCGCCACGAAGCCCGGGGACUAUCUGUAAUAAUGUGUUAAUUAUUUCACAUAUGAGUCACUCCAGAGUAUGAAUCGCACCCCAGACCAAAUUAUGAAAAAAAAAACUGACUUAUAGUCAGAAAAAUACGUUAAAUGAUCAUUUAAAAAAUAAUAUAAUACUCGCUAUAUAUAUAUAUAUAUUUUUAAAUGACCAAAAAAGUCACUUGCUCUAUAAGGGGUUAAAAUGUCAAAUUUUGACCAGCUGUCCACAGCAGUCAUUACUGUCCCUGAAAGGGUUAAAAUAAUAAUGAACCCAUAAAGACCUGGCGUGCACAUACAGUGUUAUGAAAAAGUAUUGGAACCUUUUGGAAUUUCUCACAUUUCUGCAUAAAAUUACCAUCAAAUGUGAUCUGAUCUUUGUCAAAAUCACACAGAUAAAAAAACAAUCUGCUUGAACUAAAACCACCCAAACAUUUAUAGGUUUUCAUAUUUUAAUAAGGAUAGUAUGCAAACAAUGACAGAAGGGGGUGUGGGGGGGGGAUAAGUAAGUGAACUAUCACAUCUAAUAUUUUGUGGGUUCGAUUCUCUCCCCUGAUGAACUGGCCUAAGUAUCCUUAAGCAAGAUACUGAACCCCACAUUGCUCCUAGUGCUGCGUCACCAGUAGGAUGGCGAUGUAGUGUAAAGCGCUUUGAGCGCCUUGAAAGGUGGAAAAUUGCUAUACAAGUAUAACACCAUUUACCAUCAGUCCAAAACAAAACUUCUGUGGAGUGUCCAAGUGCCUUUUUGCGAACAUUAAACGAGCAGCAAUGUUUUUUUUAUGUCAGCAGUGGCUUCCUCUGUGAAGUCCUCCCAUGAACACCUUUCUUGACCAUAGUUUUACAUAUAUGUGAUGUCUGUACAUAGAUAUUGAACUGUGCCAGUGAUUUCUGUAAGUCUUUAGCAGACACUCUUGGGAUCUUUUUUUUUACCUCGCUGAGUAUUCUGCGCUGAAUGUUUGGCGUCCUCUUUGGUGGACCGCCACUCCUUGGAAGAGAAGCAACAGUGCUAAACUCUUCAUUUGUAGACAAUUUCUGUGACUGUUGAUUGAUGAACAUCCAAACUUUUAGAAAUGGUUUUGUAUCCUUUCCCAGCUUUAUACAAAUCAACAAUGCUUGAUCGCAGGUCUUCAGACAGCUCUUGUGACCAAGCCAUGAUGCACAUCAGACAAUGCUUCUCAAGACAAUUCGUACCAGGUGUGUGUUUUAUAGUGGGCAGGGGAGCUUAAAACCACUCAUCAGUGAUUGGACACACACCUGACUUAAAUUGUUUGGUAAAAAUUGGUUUCAAUUGCUCUAUAAGUCUCCUUAGGCAGAGGGUUCACUUAUUUUCCACCUUCUGUCAUUGUUUGCAUGCUAUCCUUAUUAGAAUAUAAAAACCUAUAAAUGUUUGGGAUGUUUUAGUGAACUCAGACACUGUUUUUUCAUCUGUGUGAUUUUGACAAAGAUCAGAUCACAUUUGAUGGUGAUUUUAUGCAAAAGUGUGGGAAAUUCCAAAAGGUUCAGAUACGUCUUCAUACUACUGUACAUGGACAUCACCUUUUGGAUGCCAUAGACCACACCAAUGAUUUCAAUGAGCGUCAUAUUAAGGGUUAACUGAAGGGCUGUUGUGUAUUGGGACAUGUUAUUCUUGCGUAGUAGCAAGCGGAACAAGUGGAACUCUACCGGAAACCUUUUGACACCGAGCUAGAUCGCAACUAGAGACUAGUGCACGUUCUUUUAAAAAAGCAUGGCCAUACUGUAAUGUCUUGUGGGAAAGAUUUUUGCCAUGUCGGCAGCUUGUUGGAAGAGACCAGGGGUGCCUUCGGGUAGGUGGGAACCCCCCGUGGGUAAAAGUACCACUUGAAUACUGGAACAAGAAAUAUAACACCUGCUCUGUGUCAAAGGGGAACGAGUACAGUUACAAAGCAGUAGCACAGGAAAAACAAGUCGAAAACCACUGGGAAAAACUAAACCUCUCCAUCACCAUUUCAUAUUCGUUCUCGUGUUGACAAUUGUAGCAAGUUAGCAACGGCCUCACAAAGAGGGGGCGUCCGGACCACCAAAGUUUCACCAGGUUUGUCGUUAUUCGGACAUUUUAUGUCAAGUUUUGUCAAUAACCUUCUGUGUUUUUCACAAGUAAUUCUGCAAAGCAGGAAUUUGUGGGCGGGAAUUUUAACACAAGCCACAACAUUAGGGACAUUUUAGUCAAAAAUAUUUUUUUUUUACCUUUCUUAAUAUUACCACUUUGUUUUUAUUGUAACAAAACAUAUUCAUACUCGUGAAAUUGCGUUUUUCCUCCCCUAAUAUUGUAAGUUUAUGCCCGUAAUUUUUUCCGAUGUAAGACUUGUACUAUAACACCAUUAUUAUCAUUUUCAACUAAUGUGGCUGUAUUUUUGUACAACAAUUUCCUCAGUGUAAUAACUCAUCAAUUGUCCAAAAGUUAGAUUUUUUUUCAAAUAACAAUUAGUUGAUUGAAAUAUGAAUAUUUUUGUAGAAUUUUGUGACUAUUCUUGUAAUAUUGCUUCUUAAGAGAAGUCUAUUUUUGUAAUAUUUAAACUUAACCAGAUGCCUUCUUUUAAAUUAUUGUAUAUAUUUUUUGUAUAUUUAGGACUUCUAAUAUUUUUACUUAAUUCUAAGAAAACAUUGUAGUCUAUGGAGCCCCUAAAGGGACAUCGACAGAAAAAUUUAAACAAUCUAGUGCGUACCAGAAACUAGCUGGUAAACAUUACCAUUAUAUAGCAUUUAAGCUAGCGGACUUUAGCUAAGCAAGUUACCAAAUUGUUGCAUUUCUGCAAUUGGCUAACUUUCAUUGCAAAAGUCUGCUAGCUUAAAUGCUAUAUAAUGCUAAUGUUUACAACAAUUGGCUAGCUUGCUUAGCAAAAGUAUGCUAUAUUACAUGCUAUAUAAUGCUAAUGAUUAUAAUUAGCAGAAUUUUGCUAUGCAAGUUAGCCAUCUAAAAUGCUAAAUAAUGAUAAUGUUCACAACAAUUGACUAGCUUGCAUAGAUAAAUUCCACUAGCUUAAAUGCUAUAUACUGCUAAUGUUAGUUUACGCCAAUUGGCUAACUUGCAUAGCAAAAGUCCACUAGUUUAAAUGCUACACAAUGCUAAUGAUUACACUUGGCUGACUUGCAUUGCAAAAAUCUGCUAGUUUAAAUGAUAUUUAAUGUUAAUGAUUACGAUCUGCUAUCUUGCAUUUGAAAAGUCCGCUAGCUUAAAUGCUAUUUAAUGCUAAUGUGUACAACACUUGGCUGACUUGCAUUGCAAAAAUCUGCUAGCUUAAAUGAUAUAUAAUGUUAAUGAUUACGAUCUGCUAUCUUUCAUUCGAAAAGUCCGCUAGCUUAAAUGCUAUAUAAUGCUAAUGUCUACAACAAUUGGCUAACUUGCAUAGUAAAAGUAUGCUAGCUUAAAUGCUAUAUGCUAUAUAAUACUAAUGUUUACCAGAUAGUUUCUGGUGCGCACCAGAUUGCUUAAAUGUAUUUUAUUACUGUUGGUGUCCGUUUAAGGGCUCCGUAGUCGCCCAAUACUUGUAAGAGACAUUUUUUCCCAUUACAACUUUAAACUGCAACUAAUGUUUUCUAUACUACUUUUUUUUCCCAAAAACAAAACAGUAUUCUUGUAAAAUUGUAUUUUUCCCAAUGUGGCUGUAUCGUUUGUAUUUUCUCAUCAGAAUUUUGCAAAUUGAGAACUACCUACAGUGGCAUUUAAAAGUUUAGAACACUUUAGUAUGCCCAAAUUUCUAUUUCAGAAUGUAUUCUUGUUAAAUAUUUCAACUUCAUUUUUGUUUUAUACUACCUCUGCCACCCCUAUCAUUUCAACAAUGUCUACUAUACUAGUAGUUUUGAAUGCUUCUUAGCACCUCCGUGAAGUUUGCUCUCUGUCAGAUGCAAAUUUAGAUAAAAACUAUGCCAAUUGUUUGUGGUACAAUUGUGCUGCUAUCAUUUUUGAGAUAUUUACCAUUUUUUUAAUAGGUCAAUCUGAGGUCAACUAAUCCCCAAUUUUGAUUAAAAAUGGCUAAAAAUGAUGUCAAUCGUUUGUGCUGUAUAAUAUUUUGCUAGUGCAGCAACAGUUUUGAAGAUAUUCUGCAUUUAAUUUUAGUUAUGAUGUCACGCAGCCCCCCCCGUUUACUGCUAAAUGGACCCGAAGUGGUGCCAUUCGUUUGUGUUACGUCUAGUUAGUGCUGCUUUCGUUUUACAGAUACUGAGAUAUUCAUUUCGAGCGAUGACAUCACCAGCAGCCCCCGCAUAUACUGCAAAAUUGACCCAAUGUGGUGCCGUUCGUUUGUGCUGUAAAAGUUUAGUUUGUGCUGUCACGGUUUCUCAGUUAUUACAAAUUAUUUCUUUUAGAAAAAGAAGAAAUAAAAUACCACAGGAGUGUUUGUGUUGGUGACGUUAUCACUGCAACAUAAAAACAAAACAUGUAAUAUUGAGUAGGAGUGAAGGUGGGGUGGUAGUUGAACUCUUGAUGACCUAAAUAAAUAACUUGUAAUGGCAGCACAAACUUAGCACAACUGAACGGCACCCCUUCGGGUUCAUUUUGCAGUAAAUGUGGGAUUGCGUGACAUCAUACCUACAAAUUAAAAGCAGAAUAUUUACAAAACCAUUGCAGCACAAAACAAGUUACAGCACGAACGACACAAUUUUUUUAGCCAUGCUUAAUUAAAUUGGGGGGAUGGUUGACCUCAGAUUGACCUAUUGGUGGGGUGGCAUGGCUCAGUGGUAGAGUAGUUGCAAGAUACUGAACCCCACGUAGCUCCUGGUGCUGCGUCACCGGUAGGUAAUGCUGAUGUAGUGUAAAGUGCCUUGAGGGCCUUGAAAGGUGGAAAAGCUCUAUACAAGUAUAACACUAUUUACCAUAUAAAAGAAUUGGAAAUACAGGUAGUCCCCGGGUUACGAAUGAGUUCCGUUCCUACGCUGGAGAUUUAACCCGAAUUUACGCAUUUACACAAGUUGGAAUUAACCCUUUUAAAAAAAUAACUGUCCAAAAGUAUUUUAUUUUGUUUUAAUGAUGGAAGAUACACUGCCCUCUGGUGGCAGCGUUGGGUGUGGCUGGACUGUCGCCUUGGCUUCUAUGAAUGAGUAGGAGACUCGUCUGACAUGGAUAUAGGACAGCUGCCCUCUCGUUUAGCCCACAUGAGGCUGUAAGUUGUUUCAGCUAAUAUACAGUGCCCACCAUAAUUAUUGGCACCCCUGGUUAAGAUGUGUUUUUUAGUUUCUAAUUUUUUUUAUUAUUCAAAUAAUAUGGGACCUUA